GCGUCUCGGCGGCAACAGCAGCAGGAGGUAAGUGGCGCAAUUGGAGAGGGAUGCGGUCUUAAUCCUGGGGUUUCACGCUUCCCAAAAGGCGCGGUGGGUGCAAGGCUCUGGGCAGCGGUGUGUCGGUGUGCAAAAUCUGAGCGCGCUUACUCGGAAGUACUGCUUUUAGUGGGGUUUGUUCACAAGCAACUGUGCACAGGAUUGGCUCCUGUGGGAUUAAUCUGAAAAUCGUUGCCACGCGGAAUUCCAGUGAAGUAAAGUAUUAGAACGGAGGGCAAUAUUUUUAGGUGGGAGCUGCUAGAAAUUUAUUUUCAGGUUUUGGGUGGGGAUUAAGGAGAGGAGAGGAGAUGAUAGGGGUAUCUGUCAUCCUGUGGGUGACAUCAGCUGACAGAGUAGAAAUUGACCUGGUCCUCCUUUCCUCCCUAACAUAUUUAAACGAAGGGUGCAUGGGGAAAGGGUAUUCCCACUGCUUCUGUUUGCAGAUAGGGCAAAUCCUGAUGGAAUGGGGAAGGAUACAAGCUGGUAUCCUGAUGCUGAAGACAUUAUUGUGUGGAUGCUGAGAGAAAACUUGUGUGCGAGCUGUACCACAAUAAACACUUGUCUGGAAAAACCCUUUGUCAACAGGGUGUCUACUCCAACUGAACACAAGGCAGGCAGCCUGAGCCUUUUGCUUGCAGACUUGGAAGCAAGUACAGUACUACUCAGCUCAAAGGGAUUAACUGGGAUCAUAUGACCCCCAGUAGUGUUCCCCUAAUAGUGUUCCUCCCGCUCCUUCUCCUUCCAUGCUCUAACCCUGAACAAAGCUACUUAGAAAAAAAUUCCACUGGAAUCAGCUUAUGUGCUUCCAAACAAUUGUGUUCAGAGUUGGUCUGUUAGCGUUUUGUUUAUAUGGAUGAAGAAGCAGGAGUACCAACUGGAAUAAAAUAUUGGGCGGGGAGUAAGCCCCGCCCCACAUAAUUGAUCCCAUGACACAGCAGACACACACUGUUUGAAUGGCAAUACCCAGCAACUUGGGGGUGGGGGGCAUACACUUAAAUAUUUUAUUGAGGGGGAGGAAGGGACCUUGGCUCCUAUGUGAAGAAGGAUUGGUAACUGGAAGCAGCCUUUGCAUGGUCAGCUUCAGCGUUACCCAACAUCCCUGGUUAUUGACCAAGCUGGCUGGGACCCACAACAUAUGGAUGGCACCAUCUUGGCUGUUGUUGUUGUUGUUGUUUAGUCGUUUAGUCAUGUCCGACUCUUCGUGACCCCAUGGACCAGUGCACACCAGGCACUCCUGUCUUCCACUGCUUCCCGCAGUUUGGUCAGACUCAUGUUCGUGGCUUCGAGAACACUGUCCAACCAUCUUGUCCUCUGUUGUCCCCUUCUCCUAGUGCCCUCAAUCUUUCCCAACAUCAGGGUCUUUUCCAGGGAGUCUUCUCUUCUCAUGAGGUGGCCAAAGUAUUGGAGCCUCAGCUUCAGGAUCUGUCCUUCCAGUGAGCACUCAGGGCUGAUUUCCUUCAGAAUGGAGAGGUUUGAUCUUCUUGCAGACCAUCUUGGCUGCCCCAUGCUUACUUCCUUUGGGGUUAUUAUGCCCCUGGGUGAAGCAGUGGGCGCGCACACAAAAUAAUUCUGCCGCCAGGACUUUAAUGCCCAAUUUGUAUUGGAGAGAUGACACUAAUUGGGCUGCAUAGAAAAGCAACUCCCUUGUUGUUAUGUCUUAGGGUAAGGAGGGAAACUGCAUUCUCUGUUGGAGGCCGCAUGUUGGCAUGGGCAGGGCCACUGCAUUCUCUCUCUCUCUCAAUUUGUCUUUCUCUCUGCUGCUCACCAGCCUCAUUUAGCCUGGCUGGAAUGUAGCCUUGAACUGUGAUAAUACCUCUUGCUCCCCUGGAUGUAGAACAGAGAGGGGUGUAUGAGCAUGUGUAAAAAUUAGCCUACUGUACAAAGGUAAAAUGUACAUUCAUUGCUCCACCUACUUUUGCUGCCACAUGUGACCUUUGGAAACCUGUGCAGAAGGAAAUAAGGCCCUGAGGCUGACAGACAUUUUCUCCUCCUGGUGUAUGCAUUGUUAUUAUUCUCUUCAUACAUGAUGUGUAGUCAAUUGUCUUUCCUCCCCCUCAGGUAGCUAAUAUGCCAAAAUACAUAAGCCUUGACCAACAAUAUUCUCUAGCGUGUGAAGAACUAAAACACCCUAAGAACCCCUUCAUAGUCCGCAUUCUCCAAGAAGUGAAGCAGGACGAAGAAACGCUGAAAAAAAAAAUCACUAUAAAAAUUGCUGGAAAUAACCGUUUGAUACCUGUGCAGAAGGUGACAGAUGACGAUUUUCAAAUCCUGGCUACGGUUUUUACAAAUAAUGUGUUUCUUACAGGACUUGACCUGAGAUAUAACCUUUUGAGUGAUGCUGGCGCAAUACACAUUGCAGCAUUCCUUCAGGAUAAUCGUACUCUGCUGUACCUGAACCUGAUGUUUAAUGACAUUGGUACCAUGGGAGCAGAAUUCAUAGCUAAAUCAUUGCAUAGGAAUGAAACUCUGCUUCACCUAAGAAUGACCGGCAACAAGAUUGACAACAAGGGAGGAAUGUAUUUUGCAGCAAUGUUGCAAGUUAACAACACUUUACAGAAGUUAGAUUUGGGAGACACGGAUCUGCGCACACAGAGUCUCAUAGCAUUAGCAACAGUUUUGAAUCACAAUAGCGCAAUCAAAGCCAUAAAUCUAAAUCGGCCAAUACUCUACAGCGAAGAGGAAGAGACCACGGUCCACACAGCCCUCAUGUUGAAAGUCAACUGCACCCUUGUUGAACUGCAUUUGUGUAAACACGAAAUGAAGAACUUCGGCAUGGAACGCCUGUGUGAUGCAUUGUAUGAAAACAGCACCCUGCGAUAUCUUGAUCUCAGCUGCAACAAAAUUACUCGGGAUGGUAUUAAACAUUUGGGAAAGCUGUUAAAAUCCAACGCCACCCUGGAAAUCCUGGACCUUAAUUUUAACAGGAUAGAGGACGAUGGUGCUUUCUAUCUGAGUGAGGCCCUUACUACACAUAAUCGGACUCUUCAAGCGCUGGCAGUGACAAACAACAACAUAUCUGGGAAAGGACUGGUGGCCCUUGCAGAGUCAAUGAAAACAAACCUAGUUCUUUCCUAUAUCUACAUAUGGGGAAACAAAUUUGAUGAAGAAUGCUGUGUGGCAUUUGCAGAGUUAAUUAAAAGCGGUCGCCUGAAACCUACUGGCACAGAUGUCGAUCCAUAUGAAGUGGAUGGGAACACGUACUUUGCCGAAGUCUCCUAUGGCCUUAAGAGGCACUAUUACUGGACACCAAGUUAUGGACAGCCUGAUAACCACGAUGAGAAUGCCUCUCUGGCAAUAACUCCUGUUGCAGAAAACUUGUAAAUGUCAACAUAUUUUUUCUUAAGCCUUGGCAUCUUGGGGUUGUUUUUUUAAAAAUAACGUGUGCCUCAAACCUGCACCCAAUUACAUGUAGUUUCUCGGAGAACUGAUUUUAAAAGAUUUUGAACCAUAAAUACUGUAUUAAACUGAACUGGGAAAGUGCUGGAUCCCAGUCUAGCGACAGCUAAUUUCAGGUCCCGUUGAAAACAGAACUUAAACUACUUGUGACUCCCUUGUUCCAGAGCUUUCAGUGAGUUCCAUAGGUUCUUAACUGCAUUGGGACCGUCAUGAGCAACACUCACAAUGAUAAUACAAAGCAGCCUGUAGAAGUGAUUUCAUACAAUUCAAACACUUACUUAGAGGCUACUAAGGAAUGUUCGAUAGCUUGAAAGUAAGGCUCAUAUGCUAGGCAUGGUUCUUUGGCAAUAAAACACCAUAUAAAUCAACAUGCCAAUGUAAGUGUUUUUAGGAUGUUUAUUAUUUAUGUUAACAUUUUUCUAAGCAAAUGAAUUCAUUGAAGCCGACUGUGGGGUGGGGGAGCAUGGGCAAGAAGGAAGUUGUGACAAUGCAGCAGUGCAAGGCUUAUGGCUCAUGACUUAAGACACAUCAUUAUUUGCACAGAAUAUAGGUACUCCAAGUAUUAUGACAAAUUUUGUUUAAAAAUGAUUUACAUG